CUUCAAGCAACCCUUAGUCGUUUGUUCAAAACACGUUUUGCUGUGGUACUUGGUGCUGUUCGUUUGUAUUAUUUUUAUACCGUGCUUUUCGUGGCUGAAACAAUGGUUUCAAAUACAGAUAUUGGCUUUAUCGCCUUGACUUUAGCGAUCGCACUGAAGCAGAAGAAGAAAAGGAAACGAAGGUGGUCAAAGGAAUGGUACAAAUUGAGAAACCGCUUUACUCACGAACAUUUAAUAAACGUUCUACGUGAAACGGAACCAGAAGACUACAGAAACUUUCUCAGAAUGAAUGAAAAAAAUUUCUACCAUUUAUUGGAUUUGGUACGACCAAAAAUAGAAAAAAGGACACUGUUAUGCGAGAAGGGAUUCCUGCAACUCAGAGGCUAAGCAUCACAUUGAGAUACCUAGCUUCUGGCAUGGAUUUGGAAGAUCUGAAAUUCAUGUGUGCCAUUUCUCCUCAGAGUCUGGGACUCAUCAUUUUGGAAACUUGCUCAGCAAUUAUCGACGCAUUAAAAGAUAAUAUUCAGGUUCCAAAAACUGAAGAGGGAUGGAAACUGGUUGCACAAGAUUUUGAAGAAAAAUGGAACUUUCAUAACUGCGUAGGGAGUGUUGAUGGCAAACAUGUAGGGAUCCAACAACCCUCCCAUUCUGGGUCUUAUUAUUACAACUACAAAGGGUUCUAUAGUAUUGUGCUUAUGGCUAUUGUUAAUGCAAAUUAUCAAUUAAUGAUGGUCGAUGUCGGAGCGAAUGGGCGAGUGUCAGAUGGCGGAGUGAUGAAGAACACGUUUUUUUUGGCGCAAGUUGUCUGAAAACAAACUAAACAUGCCUGAUUCUCGUGGGUUACCAGGUACUAAUGAAAAAUUUCCUUUUGUUUUCAUUGGU